GGAGGCGUGUGCAGAAGGCCGGGUUAUUUCCCUCCCCAGGAUUCAAUGAAGCAUUAAGCCGAAGUUUCUGAACGGGUGAAGAUAUACAGUUUGGACUACUAGGAAUAAAACAUGCAAUACUUGGAUUAUUUAAUAUGUCUAUACAUCUUCUUUGGGGGGACGUGUGUGGACAGCCUAAAGAAACUACCUCAUGUGAUCAAAUAUGAAACAAUUACGCCUCAAAAACUACAUAAACUAUCUCAAACAAAUACAGAACAACAGAAAACCCCUCCAAUAGUCACAUUCUCACUGGCCAUAGAUGGGCUGAACAGGACUCUCCACUUGGAAAGAAACAUACAUCUUAUUGGGAGAAACUUCACUGUUGUACAUUAUUCUGACCAAGGCACUGCAGAAACAACCAUACCAGAUUAUAAGGACCACUGCUACUACCAUGGGCGCAUCGUGGAAGUGGAGGACUCCUCGGCCAGUAUCGACCUCUGCUCAGGAAUCAACGGGUACGUGCGUAUCGAGGACCAGUCGUACCUCAUUGAACCCCUCGCAGAGGAAGGGGAGACGGACCAGCAGGAAGGCACCGGAGAAGGGGAGGGGCUUCACGCCGUGUACAACUCCAGACACCUGAGACGGAAGAGGAGCUCCUGUGGCCAUGACAACGAGGAGACCGUCUUUGACCACGGGUCGAUCCCCUCCGGACUGUUCCGUCUCAGUAAACCGAAAAGCUCUCAGCAGAUGAAGAAGUUCCAGAUCAGCAGAACCAGAACAGUGGAAUUGGUUCUGGUGGUGGACCAUGCAGAGUACAAGAAGUACGGCAGCAGGCAGACUGUGGCAGCGAGGAUGCUUGCGGUGGUGAACCACGUGGACAAGCUGUAUCGUAGCCUGGGUAUCCGCGUGAUGCUGGUGGGUCUGGAGAUCUGGACCUACCGAGACCAGAUAGAGGUCAGCCCCGAUCCCAACAUCACAUUGGAACGCUUCAUGGCCUGGCGCCAGCAGACACUGUUACCGAGGACCAAGCAUGACAACGCUCAGUUCAUCACGAAGGUGGAUUUCAUCGGCAAUACCGUAGGCCUGGCGUUCACCGGUGAAAUAUGUACCAGCCGUUCUGUGGCCGUCAACGAGGAUCAUGACGAUAACGCCAUCGGGGUGGCGACCACCCUCGCCCACGAGAUGGGGCACAACCUGGGCCUGUCUCAUGAUGCUCCAGGCUGCGUCUGCCGGUCCUCCCAGCCUCAGAGCGGCUGCAUCAUGGCCCCGUCACACGGGCAUUUCUAUCCAGAGGUGUUUAGCACAUGCAGCCUGGACCAGCUCGCCCAGUUCCUGGAGCAAAAGGACCCUGCUUGUCUGCUGGAGACCCCCUCUACUGACCGCAUCUUUGGAGGCCCCGUGUGUGGAAAUGCCUUUGUGGAGCCUGGAGAAGAAUGUGAUUGUGGCACUGUGACGGAAUGUAAGAAUCCAUGCUGCAAUGCCACCACAUGCAAACUCAACGCAGGGUCCAAAUGUGCAGAGGGAGAGUGCUGCAGUAAUUGCCAGCUGCAGCCGACUGGCACCAGGUGCAGAGUGCAGGCCACAGAGUGUGAUAUGGCCGAGUUCUGCACCGGCUUCUCAGCCGCCUGCCCCAAGGAUGCCUUCACCCAAAACGGCCGGCCCUGUGACCGCGGGAGUGGCUACUGCCUCAACGGACAGUGUCCCUCCCGGGAGCAACACUGCAAGAGACUUUGGGGCCCAGAUGCUCAGGAGGCAUCGGCGCGUUGCUACAGCGUUGCUGGCAAGGAUCAAAAGUGUGGGACGCUGAUGUGCUCAGGAGGCUGGAAAUUCCCCCUCACUAACUCACGGACCACUUACUCUGUUCCCAAUGGAGAGCCAUGCUACGAGGCGUCCAUAGAUCCUAAGGACAACUUCCCAGCCGAUUUGGUGAAGAUUCCUACUGGGACCAAAUGUGGAAGCAACAUGGUCUGCUACGAACAGAGUUGUCAAAACAAGAAGGACAUAGUGAGUGUCUACGGAACGGAGGAGUGCUCGGAUAAGUGCAACGACCGCGGGGUGUGUAACCACGAGAGGCAGUGCCACUGUGACCCCGGUUGGGCCACGCCCUACUGUGAUGUGAAGCUCACAGAAGGGUCUCCAGGGAUGAAACCUUCUGUCGCUAUUGGUUUGUCCGUGGCCGCAGUGCUGGUUCUUCUGUUCGUCGGGUUCUUCGGAGUAGUGCUGUGGCGCAAAAAGAGCAGAGGCUCCCAAAAGAGACCUCGCCACACCUCCACUGGAGAGGUCAACCCCGUGUUUCAGUCAGGACAGGGAAGCCCUCGUCCCAGGCCACCGUCGAUCGGCAAGCCCAAGUUUGUGACGUCUACGGCUUCUCAAGUCUCUCGACCGGCGACUCAGCCUCUCAGGGGGGGGUUAGUGCCCAGCAGAGCUGCCCCGGAGCCUCCCAAGAAAAUGGCCUUUGUGGCUCAACCGCCUGGGGUCCAACAGAUGGUGAAGCUUUCACCAAGGGUCCCAAGCCAGGAUAUUGAUUUAAAGAACAAACCGCCCCCACCAGCCAGACCGCUCCCACCGCUUCAAAGCAAAACGGUUCGGUUAUCCCCCACACACACAGACACACGGACACACACGCACUCGCCAUCUUGUAUAUUAAAGUGUUACUUUCUCUUCCUAUGUAGGUCACAAAACCAACACCCCCAGUACCUCCCAGUAAGCCCUCUGGUUCCCCAUCCCCGUGGACACAUAAUCAACUGCCUGCCGCCAGAGCUGCUCUGAAGCCUCCCACCCAUCUGCGAUGAAUGCCGGAGCGGUUGCGUUCCUCCGUCAUGAGGAGACCUCUCAUAGUGCUUCUUACGUUUGACUCAUCCUGCGCCUUGGGUCUUGCUCAUUCCUUCUCCGGAUCUCAUCGCACCCGGUUUAUGGGAACCGCUCGGCGGGAAAGAUCCUAACCUCGGCACAUUGUGGCUAUGGUGAUUUUCAAAUUCCUAAGGUGCUUGUGUGUGUUUUCUUUCAAAGGCGAUGCUCAGAAGGAAUACAGAAUCUUUAAUGUGACAUCCGGUCCAACCGGACAUGAGCACGGGGGAGGAAUGAGAUUUAAUCAGCUGGAUUGGUUACUUCUAAAUAGGUCAGGGUACAACUGUGUUAUGAUUGGUUGACACAGGACUUUUGAGAAGAACAUUUCAGACCGUAAAAACUGGAUCUUGCUAAAUAGAUGAUUGGGGUUAAACAGCCAAGGCAACAUUUGAAAGAUUUUUAACAUUCGGCUAUUUUUAAGGCUGUCAAUCAUUUAUCUGUCUUGCUUUUUCUAUGACUGCAUUGCGAGUAAAUGGGAUUUCUGUAACAUACCAGAAUUGUUAUGUACUUUUUUCUAUGAAUGAUUUUUUUCUAAUUUUCCCUUUUUGGUUAAAGAGAUAAUUUUUUUUUAAGUUGACGAUGCCAUGCACUAUGACUGGAAGUAUUAGACAUUUAUUUUGAUGAAAUUUGGUAGCUUUUGUUUUACUUUUUAUAUGACAUUGGAUGCAAUACGUUUCCAACAUUGAGUUGAAAAUAUAUGGUGAUGCUAUAAAGCCUAAUAUAAUAUGUAUGUAUUAUUUAUGUUUAAUAUGCAACUGUACCUGGUUGACUGGGAAAGGGAAUAAAAUUGAAAAAUGUGAAUUUUGAA